GUGCACCGUCCUGACGCUCCUCAGCAUGGGGAACUCCUCCAGCAUGUCCGCCACCGAGCUCAGCGCCUGCAAAUGCCACCAGUGGUACCGCAAGUUCAUGACCGAGUGUCCGUCCGGCCAGCUCACCUUCUACGAGUUCAAGAAGUUCUUCGGCCUCAAGAAUCUGUCCGAGAAAUCGAACGCAUACGUCAAUACCAUGUUCAAGACCUUCGACAUUGACGACGAUGGCUGUAUUGAUUUCAUGGAGUAUGUGGCAGCUCUGAGUCUGGUCCUGAAAGGCGGUGUUCAGCAGAAGCUGCGCUGGUAUUUCAAGCUCUUCGAUAUGGACGGCAGCGGCUGUAUCGACAAGGACGAACUGCUGCUCAUCUUCAAGGCGGUUCAAGCCAUUAAUGGAGCCGAGCCGGAGAUCUCUGCAGAGGACUUGGCUGAUAUGGUGUUUAACAAGAUUGAUGUUAAUGGAGACGGCGAGUUGUCUCUGGAAGAGUUCAUGGAGGGCAUCUCGGCGGAUGAGAAGAUCUCAGAGAUGCUGACCCAGAGUUUGGAUCUGACCCGGAUCGUGAGCAACAUCUACAACGACUCCUACAUCGAGCAGGAGGCCGAGAUCAUCGAGGAUCAAGCAUGACAACACUGAGAGUCUGGAGCGGACGCUUUUAUUGGCUCCUUCCCAGAGUAGCGAGUGCCGAGUGUAAAACAUAGAUCGGCCAAAGCUCUGGGUCUGUGCACUAGAUUAUAUCAUCUGAACGCACAAAAUGCUCCAGUACUGUGAGUGUGUAGUUCAGCCUGAGGGUGGCGCUCUAACACUGACACACAGGCUGUAAGUACACACCACACAUGCGUAGAACGCUUCUAGAAAUGCCUUAAUGUAGAGUUUAAUGCCUCUGAAUGCUGAUUUAGAGUUUUGAACAAGCGUAGGAAAUCUUGGUCGCACUUUAUUUUAAUGUACAAUUCACGCUAACAACAAACCAUUCACUAAGAAUAUAGCUCAAUACACUACUGAUUAGCUGCUUAAUAAUAGUUAGUAGGUUAGUAGUUGGGUAUUGGGUUGGAUUAGAGAUGUAGGAUAUGAUCAAACAUGCUAAUAUCUCCUAAUAAUGCUAAGCCAGUCAUAAAUGCUGUGAAUUGUUACUUAAACUUAGUGUUACUAAAUACUUAUUUGCAUUAUAUGUGAGCAUAUGUAAAGAUGUAUAUAUUUUUAUUAAUCUACUACGUUGUUAAGGAAGUAGCAAUUACUGAAGAAGAUGACGAAUCGAGUCAGAGCGGUUUACGAGGUAAUGUGAAGAAAGCAGAGCAGUCUGCAGUUCCGUUUUUCGCCACCGAUUUACACUGUAGUUUUAUGGGGGCGCUGUUGAGCUCAGUGCUUAGCCUCACUUAAAGGGCCAGUUCACCCAAAAAUGAUAAUAUUCUCAUCAUUUCUUCACUCUUUACAGGUUUAAACCUGUUUAACUUUAUUUAUUCUGUUAAACUCAAAGGAACAUAUACUGAAAAAGCUGGAAACCUUUAACCAUUGACAUUCAUAGUAUUUUAUUUCGGUUUUCCUACUACUAAGUGCUUUUCACUUUCCUCAAAAAACAAAACUGAAGAAAGAAACUCACACAUUUUUUAAACAAAAUCACAGCAGUUUUCUGAACAUAUGAACCGAAUUUUCCAAUAUAUAUUUCUUUUAUUGCUUAAAUCAGGGGUGCCCAAACUUCUUCGUAUGAAGGGCCAAAAACCGAAUAUCAUUGAGAGUCGCGGGCUGAAGAUGGCCAUUGGGAAUUUCCUAAUUUAUUUCAGAAUAUUUCAAAAUAAAUAGAAAACAUUACAUAAAAUCAUAUUAAAUAAUGCUGGAUAACAUUUUAAAUGAUAAAUUAUUUCAAUAAAAACAAUCAGAUUUAUAACAGGGCUGCUGCAGUGAAUCGAUUAAAUUGAUAAAAAUCGAUUACUAAAAGCGUUGGCAAUGAAUUUCAUAAUCGAUUUGUUGUGUCGCGUGACACGGGUAUGGUUGAUUAUUAAAAAGCACUUCAGUUGAAAGGAGUUCAACAGCAGGAGCCUACUUUUGUUCUGUUUUGAAGUGAGGGCCGUAAAGUCCCUGGUGCUGAUGUUUCACUCGUUAUCCAGCUUGUCAAGCAUGACAAGUUAGCAUUAACUCAUUUACUUUUAGAGCGGAAAUAAAAAAAAUGAACCUGAGUUUGGCGCGGUGUCUGGCGCUGGGCAGAGCUCUCAGUAAGGGACCGUCUGAAAAGUGCUUCUUUAUUUUUUUUUCCCCCAAAAACAAAACCAACUUAACCCCGCUGAGAAAGACGUGUCAUAUUAUCACAAUUAUGCAGCGUUUUAACCGCCUAAUGCUUAUUUUAUGUUUUAGACAUGUAAACUCACAGACUUACUAGUAAAACAAAACAUUUAGAGUUUGUAAAACACACAAGGAAGUCUAACAAUCCAUUCAAAUAUAAUUUGCUGAUGUGAUUUAUUCAUAUCAGAUACACAUUACACAUAGUGAACGUAACUUUAAAGCUGAAUCUACUCUUCUCUAAGGUCACCAGCCACUUACUUGCAUGUGUUUAGGCGGUAACUGGUGAAUUUACCGCCGUAUUCUGCUUUUAUGAAUGAGGAGAACUGGUAUGUGAACUGGUAAAACUUCUGCUUUUGUCUUUUCGGUUAGAAAUUAAUGCUUUUUUUAUUCGAUUCAUCGAAAAAAAAUCUAGAUUAAUCAAUUAUAAAAAUAAUGAUUAGUUGCAGCCCUAAUUUAUAACACAGCGGAGUUCAGUGCUGAAUACACUAGUCAAGCAGAAUCUGCCUUUGACUUAAUUUGCUCACCAAACUCUCUGCAUUGUCGGGUGACGGUAUUUGCAUUUAAACUAAAUCUGAUUUACUUACACCAUUUAAUUGACACUGGUAAUUUCAGCUAGCUUUUAACAAUAAAA